ACCUCCGUGGAACAAGCGUCAGACAACAAGGGACGGCUGUUCAAAGUAACUAACGUUAGACAGUCGUCGGUAUGUUAGGUUUUAGUCUGCCAUAUUAGAAUAAAACUUGUAUAUAUCUCGUCCUGGUCGGCGUUUAUGGAUUCUCAGAAGUUUCUACAUCUUUGAAAGGACUUUCAGGUAACGUUGAAAAAAAUGCCAUUACAUGGGAAAAUAGUCGUGAUUAAGAGGAGUGGAGGAGAUGGGACUGAAUUUCCUCUUACUGCAGCAUGCUUGUUUGGAAGGAACACUGACUGCGAUAUUCGUAUUCAGCUUCCUCAAGUCUCCAGAGAGCAUUGCAGAAUUGACUUGAAUGAAAACAAAGAGGUCGUUUUGACCAACUUGAGCUCAGCAAAUCCGACACGUGUCAACGGAGAGGCUUUGCAGCAAUCUGAACGUCUGAAGCAUGGAGAUGUCAUAACUAUUAUUGAUCGUUCUUUCAGGUUUGAGUACCCUCCAGCACCCACACCAAAGAAGAGGUCUUCCAGAGGAGGCAAAACAGAGACCCUCAAAGUCCUGCAAGAUCAGCAAGACGGUGCUAUAGUUGGAACCGGGGAAAAGAGGAUCUCUGAAAUAUCCACAGAUCCUCAUCUUAAAGAUGCAGCUAACCAUGACAAUAUUCAACGAUCCCUGGAGAAAACUGUGGAGAUGGAGUCCAAGGAAGAUGACAGUCUGGUGCAAAGCAACACCGCCUCCCCUUUCAGUGAUCUGUAUCAAAUGAUCAAAAAGUCUCUGGAUGUCAAGACCCCUAGGAAGUCUUCUGCCAGUCUGCUUCAGACACCUUCCUCAAAGUUUUGCUCUCCAAAACCUGGCUCCGUCAAAAAGAGUGAUGGAAAACUUGUGAUUUUUACAGAAGACACAAGCACUCCCAAGAAUGUUGAAGCUAAAGUCUUAAAUAGAACCCCAGAGUCUGUAAAGAAGCAGAAAAAAGUUGUCAAGCCUCCCUCUGCUGAGACAGCUGGACCAACCGGGGAAGAAGCCAAACAUCCCACCAUGUCUGAAGCAACUUCACCUCGGAGGAGAAGCAGUGCAACUCCACAGAAGUUUACUCUGUGUGAGGUUAUUGAGCAAGUUACUGCUCAAACAUCCAAAUCACCUGUGAGACGGAGGAGUAAGGAAGGCACACCUGCCAAAGCUGCAGUGACUAAGCAACAAGACAAGCAAGCAAUAGCUUCUCCCAAAACUAAACACUCUCCUAAAGCAUCACCAAGGGGCUCAGAGAAAGCUGCAGAAGUGAAAGAAGUGGCCAAAAAACGCAAAAGUGGAGAACUUGGAACAGACCUGCCAGCACCGAAAAUGAAGAAGAAACGGGUUUCCUUUGGAGGCUUCCUGAGCCCCGAGUUAUUUGACAAACGGCUGCCUCCUGACUCUCCAUUACGUAAGGGGGCCACUCCAAGGAGAAGCUUGUCUCUCGUAAAACCCAAAGAAUCACUCCUUAGACGGGCAUCUGUCAUUGGUUUGCUAAAAGAGUUUGACAAAGAUGAUCUCAAGAAGUCACCAAGUGACAAGAGUGCUUCUCCUGAAACCCCAGCAUCUGCAAAGAAGUCACCAAAAUCCAGGUCCACUUCUCCCAAAGCAGCAUCCCCUGGGAAGAACUCUCCCAAGUCCAGGUCCUCUUCACCUAAGGCAACAUCUCCUGCCAAGAAGUCACCAAAAUCCAAGUCCCCUUCUCCCAAAGCAGCAUCACCUGCAAAGAACUCUCCCAAGUCCAGGUCCUCUUCACCUAAAACAGCAACUCCUGUCAAGAAAUCACCAAAAUCCAAGUCCUCUUCUCCCAAAGCAGCAUCACCUGGAAAGAAGUCUCCCAAAUCCACCUCACCUAAGGCAGCCUCUCCCACUGGGAAAAGAAAGUCAUCUGUAGGAGUGUCCUGUCCUGCCUCUCAGGAAAAUGCCCCCUCAACUGGUGUAACACCAGUGAAAACCCCCGUGAGUUCAGGAGUGCAGACGCCCUCGGUGCAAGGACGCUUCUCUGUGUCACGCAUCAGCACACCCUCUCCAGUUGUCGAUGUUGUCGCUGAUCAGAUGCCUUCGGUCACUGUUACCCCUAAGAUACCUAUAAGGAGGAAGAGCAUGAAGAGCGCCUCGAGGAAGACUCCGAGUAUUUCCAAGAGUGCUGUCAAAAUGAUGCACAGAAGUGGCCUCUCACGAGUAUCAAUGAAAGUUGUAAAUUCCUGGGCACACAUUGUGAAAUUUGGGGAAACUAAGGCUCCAAUUGUAGCUCCACCUAAAAAGAUAAUUGCUAAAAAGACAACGAAGAAGGCAGUACCCAAAUCACAGACCCCUGCAAGAAAACUGAAGGACCUUAUGAGCACCGGACAUGCAAAUUCACCUGCUACCAUUGUUGUGGGCAGAGCUCACAAACAAAAGGUUGUACUUCCAACUGGUGCUGCACCAAGAGUGGUCACCAACACUGCACUCCUCAAAAAGAACCUGAAAAUGGAUGAGGACCUAACUGGUAUUUCUGAGAUGUUCAAAACUCCUGUCAAUGAAAAGAAGAGGAAGUCAGUAAUCAAUGAGAACAGUGCUGUGAAGACACCAGCGGGAGGUCUUGGCACAUCUGUGAUAGAACCAUCAGUCCUGAACACACCAGAGGAGCCAGAUGAAAUGAUGGUGUCUCCACUGAGUGUUGCAUCUACAGUAAAAGGCAGACAAUACAACCGUGAGGCAGUCCAGCGCCUCCUUAACGGUGACCAAGAAUCUAGCUUUGUGGGUGACAUCCCUGCCUUGGACACUCGCUCUGAGUGUAGUGAGGAGCAGCACACAGAUAUAAAGACAACCUCUGUAACUACUCCCAAACAGAAGCCAGAAUUACCAGAGAGUCUUACUGGAGUUAAGAGAAUCAUGAAGACGCCAAGACAGAAGGCAGAACCUGUUGACGAUUUGAGAGGAAAACUCCUGAAAACUCCUAAACAGAAGUCUGAACAGAAGGAGUGUCUCAGUGGAAUAAAGAGGAUCAUGAAGACCCCAAGACAGAAAGCUGAGCCUGUUGAGGACCUGAGAGGGAAGAUUUUGAAAACUCCAAAGCAGAAAGCUGAACAACAAGAGUGCCUCACUGGAGUGAAGAGAGUCAUGAAGACCCCAAGACAGAAGGCUGAACCUUUAGAGGACAUAAGAGGGGAACUUCUGACGACUCCCAAACAGAAGCCUGCACAACAGGAAUGUCUCACCGGAGUUAAGAGAAUUUUUGAGACUCCCAAACAGCAAGCUGAACCCAUUGAAGACCUUCGAGGAAAACUUCUGAUGACUCCUGAAGCCCCAGAGGCCGUCGAUGUGAGCUUGGGUGGUGUUAAAGAAGUCCUGCAGACACCAGCAAAUGUUCAAGAAUCUAAGGACCUGUCCGAAAUGACAAAUGCAAAAACUCCAGACACGAAGAGCUCCCCAGUGGCAUGUCUCACAGGCAUCAAGAGAAUAAUGAAGACACCAAAGCAGAAAAAUGCUCCAGUCGAAGACAUGGUUGGUGUGAAGAGGCUCAUGAGGACUCCCAGACGGAAAGGUGAACCUAUUGAGGAGAACUUUGGGAUCAAGAGACUGAUGAAAUCACCAAGGCUGAGGGGUAUUGCUCCAGUGGAAGACUUUGAAGGACUUCAAGAGCUCAUGGAGGAGCCACUGACUGAUCCCACAGGACAACUCGAAACAAAUGAGGAUGAAGCUCAGAUGCCUGUGGACGGUGGUGUAGAUGUCACAAAAGAAGCAAAUGCUGAUGGAGUUGUGAGUGACCAUUUGGAGGAGCCAAGUGUCAUGGAAACCGUCUCUCAGGCAGCUGCAGAUGAGCAUGUUACUCUGGAACAACCCAAAGUAGAUACAGUCGAUGAGAAUGUACCUGAAGUGGAGAGUGCUGCUGGCAAAGUCACAGAAAUGGAUACAGCUGUCAUGGAUCCUGGCAAUGACAAGAAAUCUGCUCGAGGCAGAAGAGCAAAAACAGUGGAAUCUAAACCAGCUCAGGAUAAACAAGAGGCACCAGAACCUUCGGAGGAGCCUGUAGUCGCUGCUCCAGUCAGAGGAAGAAGGAAGAAAACUGAAGCUACAGCACCACCCGCUGUUCGACAGACAAGAGGCAGAAAUGCAAAGGCCACUGAAAGCAGGGAUGUUGAGCUCACAGUGGAGGAAAGUGCUCCUCAGCCUUCUAAAGUCACUCCUAAGCCUAAAAGAGGAAGAAAUGCCAAAAAAGCUUCUGAUGAUCAAGUUGAAAUAAUCCAAGAAGUUGUCACUGAAAUGGAAAUGGCUGUAGAACCUGAGAGUGAACCGAGCCCAGCAGUUGUCGACCACAAAGCAAUUGACAGUGCAGCACCACUGGAGAAGGCUGUGCUGAAGCCCAGAAGAGGGAGAAAAGCCAAACAACCUGAACAAUCAGUACCAGAGCAGCAAGAUGAGCCUUGCAUGCAGAUUGAGGAUGUUCCACAAGCUGACAUGACAAAAGCAGAUGCAAAUGAAGCCUGCAGUGACCAGAUGGAGGUGAUGCCAGGUGGAGCUGACAAUAAAUCAGAUGCCAAGAAAACUAUUCUCCAGGCACCAGAAACUGAGAGUUUACCUGAUGUGGAGACAGCAGAAGUGAAUGCGGGUGACGUUGAGAAAAAAUCUGUUCGAGGUAGAAGAGCAAAAGUGGUGGAAUCUAAAGAGGCUGAGGAUAAACAGGAGGCAGCACAAGAUUCUGAAGAACCGGUUGUUACAGCUCCAGUCAGAGGAAGAAGAGGGAGGAAAGUGGAGGUUACAGCACCACCUGCUGUUCGGCAAACGAAGAGAGGCAGAAAUGCAAAAUCCCAAGAAAGCUCCUCUGAUCAGCCUGCUGUUGAAACACGCCCGAUGACCGAGGUUUCCACUGAAGCUGUGAGUGCCCAGACUUCUCUGAUAAAUGCCAAUCAAGGAAAUGAUUCUGCACCUCCUGCAGAAAAAGCUGUUGUGAAGCCACUUAGAGGAAGAAAAACUAAACAAACACCCGUUGAGCCAGCUAAGCCAAAGCCAGAACAAAAUGAAGCAGUGAGUGGUAAACAAGCUCAGCCUCAGCAGCCCAUUCCUGUUACUGCUGCAAAACCCAGAAGAGGGAGAAAGACCAAGCUUGAUACUGAAGAACAACAUGAGGCAGCAGAAGACUCAGAGGUCAAGGUGGAGACCACUCUGCAGUCUGAGCCUCCAGUCAGGUCUAAGAGGGGAAGGAAUGCCAAGCAAGAAGAUAAAGUGGAUACUGAUUCCAAGACUGCUGAAUCCCAGGAACCUGUUCAGAAAGGAAGGAGAGCAAGAAAAACUGAGCAAGACCAUGUAGAACCAAGAGAAGUCCAAACCACUGAAGUAGUUGUUCCAGAGAAGGAAGAGGCUCCACUUGCUGAACCAGUGACUGUAAGUGAACCGGCUCCUGUGGCCACACAGCCCCGGAGAGGAGGCCGAAAAGCAAAACAAGACACUGAGAGUGUAACCGCUGUGGAAUCCACUGAGGUCCAAGAGGUCCCUGUUGUCACCUCCACAAACAAACACCAACGCGGAAGGAGAGGAAAGCAAGUUUCUGAAGAAGCUGCGGUCACUGCUAAGGAUCCUGAAUGUGACCUGGAAGCUGAAGAGAAGAAAAAAGCUGAGCGAGCUGCUCCAGUUGUUAAACCCAGCAAGUCAAGAGGGGUGAAAAGUUCUGUGAAAAAUGAGAUUUCACAAACUGUCCCAGCCAAGAGAGCACGUCGAGGGGCAGCUCCUCCUGAAGAGGCCAGUGCAGAAUCCACAGAGUCUGCUACAACUUCAGUAGAGCCAGCAAAGAGAGGGCGACGGGCAGCAGCAAAGCCCACAACAGAUGAAGCCACGGUGAUCAGUGACCAGGCAAAUCCCUCUAAAAAUGUAAGCAAGGCUGUUGUCGAAGACACAAAAACGACCAAAAGAUCUGUCAAGUGGAAAUCAGACUUGGAAGUCAUUGAGAUUCCUAAAGCAACGCCUGUGAAGGCAGUUCGAGGUAGGAAGUUAAAACUUGGAGACCACGCUGAAAACAAAAAUGUGUCUCGGGAUGCCAACAAACCUGAAGAGGAGGAUCUCUCAGAUAAAGUUGUUGAAGCUCGGCCCGUCAAGAGAGCCAGGCGAGGGGCAGCUGCUGACAAAGCUGAAGCCACGAGCCAGGUGAACCUUAAGGAAACCGCUGAAGCUGAAACCCAGCCUAAAACACGAAGGGGAAGAUCGACAAAGAAGUAGAGACAUUUGUAUAUAUUCUUAAUCACAAUUACUUUUUGUCUCUUUAAUUUUCUUGUACUUGCUGGGGUUUUGGGUUUUUUUUAGGUUGACAUUUUAGUAAGUAGUUUCAUAGACUGAUAAUGUCACACUGCUUUUUGCUCAGUACAGCAGGGAAUCUUGUUUUUUACUUCUGUUUUGUGACAAGUUGUAUGUCAUUCUUCUUAACUGAUUGUGAAAAUAUUUUAUGCUGAAAAAAGUGGUUAUUAAAUUUUCUACUACAAUGGAAA